AUGCAGAAUGAUUCCAGUUGCGAUGAAGCACGUCGAGCCACCAUACGCUCGAGAACCAGCUCCACCGCAGCAAGGCCCCUCGGCACGAAGGUGAGAAGCGCACUUGAUUCACUUCGCUUUUGGAUUCAGUCCGCGCUCCCGUUGGCUGAAACAGCCUUAACUUUGCUACAAAUCUAUUCUGUAUCGUAGCAAGAAGACGUCUCAUCCGCUUCAUCGAUCCGAGCUAUCACUCCGAUUCCGUGCCUUGCUCCCGCGCCUCCUGUCACCCCGCUGUCGGACCCUGAGCCCAGGCUCCCCCACACAACCCCGCUAGAUCCGGCGACCUUCUUGAGCGGAGAUCAACGCCGCACCCGCCCAAUCGAACUCGCCUCGGCGCAAAAAGAAAAAAGACUGGUCGCCGGAAGACGUGCAGUAUCACUCACCCAAGGACAUGGGCGUGUUUCUUCUGAAGCGAAUGGGCAAGGACGAGGUCGAGGUCGAAUAUAAGAAGGUGCUCGCGGAAGCAAAGAAGAGCAGUACGCCAAAGCAGAUGCACAAGAUUCUCGAUAGGUUCAAACAGGAGGCCAAUUUGAAGAAGAAGGAGACCCAGGAGGAGAAGGAACAGACGAUGGCCGCCAAAAUCAAGAAGAAAGCCAAGAAAGACGACAAGACUCAAGUCGCUCGUUCAGGUCCACACUGGUUCCACACUCUAGGCGCAAUGGUACGUGUAGUCUGCCUCCCUCGAAGAGCGUGGCGGCGGCAUCGACUUGCCUAGGAUCGGGAGAACUGACCUUGCUCUCACACAUCUGUAUUUUGAAAGGGAGGCGUGAUCCUGCAUAGUAUUUUCAAGGUUUUUGACGUGACUUCGGAGAAACCUCUCACACCCACGGCAACAAACCAGAUGAAACGAAAGUUUGAUGCGAUGACGGCUCCCCUCAAGUUGCUCUCUCAUCCAACAUUUGCCGAUGUGGGCGUUCCCAAGGAAUGGACGAAUACCACAAGAGUCACAACUAUGCGUUACCAUUCAUUGUCACGCUCGCCGGUUUUUCAUGACAAAAUCCUUCAGCUGCUGUACAAUAUCAAGUCGGUUUACGGAGAAACCCCAACCGCGGACUACCGGCUUGGCUUCGGAGUCAUGAACACGACGGCAUACCUGAUACUCGUCAACCACGAAAGUGUUCACGUCGUCCAGUUGAAAGACUGUUGGGGCAGCCGCGGGCGCGCCGAAUUCGCAUCUCUGGCGAAUAUCAUCCUGAACAUCAUCCUCGGCCUUCAACUUCCCUCCGUUGGGUUCUCACGGUUCUUUUCUCACGAAUACACCCCCAGCCGUGGCCGAGCCGAGCAGGCCGUGAGGAUCUUGGCACUCGGUCCGAAUACCCAAGAUGUCUGCAAACUCCAACUCUCCGAAGACAUCACCGAGGUCGAGAUCAUCCCGGCCGAGUGUUGCCCACCCAUAGUGCUGGGUCCGUUCCCGAGCCGCAACCGCGCGAUAUUUGCGAUAAGUGCGUUCUCGGCCGGAGGCAUCAACGUUGUUGAGUACUUUGUGUCCUCGACUCUCUCUCACCGACGCGUCGCCACUUCGUCAAAUGUGGAUCCUUUGGAAGUUGCUCGCACCCGAGGAAUCAGGAAACGUCCGAGAGGUCGCCGUCACCAAACGACUCCUUCAGAACGCCGCGACCCUCCCUUCGCACAUUCUGGACCAUAUCGCUCUUCACGUUGAAAGUCGUCGAUUCGUUGCAAAUGAUCGCGGCGCCUUUCUGCCCUCGGACAGCCCACGCGUGGACGUCGCUUUCGUGACUAUUCUGGUUCCGCCGUGCCACAAAGACCGUCGGUACCGCAGUUUGAUCGAUAAAAAGCACCCACCAACAAUACGACACCUCGUUACGGCUUUUAGUCGCCUGACGCAAGUCGUGUUCGCUUUCUCCGAUUGCGGGAUCAAGCUUCGAGGAAUCGCCCCCAGCAACGUGCUCCACGUCGACGGUGAGGUCCUGGUGUGGGACCUCGCGAACGCGACGUUCUCUGAAUACCCACGUUCGAGCGCGAGGCUUCCGACAGACCCUGAGGAGAUGUGCGGCCAAGGUUUGCGCAACUCGAAGACCUUUAGGGCAAGCGUCUACACCGACCUCAAAAGUUCCAUCAUCACCUUCGUGGCGACAAUUGCUCGAGCGUUCGAGGAAUGUACCGAUGA